UAACAUACACAUCAAAGAGAGAAGUGAAUUAAAAGAAGAAAAAAAAUAUAUAGAAGAAAAUGGGUGUGAAGGUUCCAAUUAUAGAUUUUAGAAAGUCAUCAGAGUGGGAAAAAGGAAGUGAAAAAUGGGUUUUAGUGAGAGAUGAAGUUUACAAAUCUUUAGAAGAAUUUGGUUGCUUUGAGGCUUUACUUGAUGAAGAUAUUCCAAAAGAAAAACUAUAUGAUAAGUUAAAAGAAGUUUAUAACUUCAAUUUGGAGAAAAAAUUUGGUCACUCAGUGUCACCAGAUGUGAAAAUAGGGUACACCAAGUAUGGUCCUGGAACACCACUUCAAGAAAGACUUAUGAUUGACCAUGUACUCAAAGAAGGUGUUAUUGAGAAUUUUUCCAAAAUACUUUGGCCUGAUGGAGAGACUGAAUUCAGUGAUGUGAUGAUUACUUACUCCAAGAAAGUAACAGAAUUUAAUGAUAUAGUAAGAAGAAUGGUGUUUGAUAAAUUGGGAUUAAAGGAAUAUUACUUGGAUGAACACAAAAAAUCAGGUGAUCCAUUUGUUGUGUUGAUCAAGUAUAGAGUGCCUGAAGAUGGUGAAAAAAAUAUUGGAGUACCUCCUCAUACUGAUAAAGUUAUUUCAAUAGUUUUAAGUCAACAUGAUAUGAAUAUAAAUGGGUUGCAAAUUAUGGAAAAAAAUGGACAAUGGAUUGAUGUUCAAUAUUCAAAACCUUAUUCAUACAUAUUCCUUGUUGGUGACUAUUUGAAAGCAUUUACGAAUGGUAGACUGCGUUGUCCUCUUCAUCAAGUGAUUAUAGGAAAUGAAGAGAGGUAUACUGUAGGUUUGCCAAUAUUUCCAAAAGAAGGGCAUAUCAUAAAAGUCCCAGAAGAACUUGUUGAUGAAGAUCAUCCUUUGCUUUAUAAACCCUUUGAUGGUUCCAAAUAUCUUCCAUUUUAUCUGUCAGAGCUUAAACGCGGCGUUGUUGCUACUCUCGAGAGCUACUGUGGUGUCUCAGCCGACACUCCAAACUUGUGUUGAUCGUGGCUUGGGCCGGGGCCGGGGCCCUCUCCUAGUCCCGCCCCUCUGUAAUUGUUCUAAGCUACUAUUUUCUUUGUGUACUUGAGUGUUUUUGUUGUGUCUCACAGUUCAUGUGGGGGACUUCUCCUAGUCCCGCCCCUCCAUCUUGUAAUAGUUCUAAGCCACUAUUUUCGUUGUGUACUUGUGUUUUUUUGUUUGUGUCUCAGCUAAUAUUCUGAACUUGUCUCGAUACUGACAGUUCCAAGUGGGGACCUCCUAAUAAGGGUCUCUUUUUCUAAUUAGACUCUUUUUUUCGUUCUAUCAAUAAACAAGUUUGUGCUCUAUUAAUUAGGAAGUUGCAAAUUCGUUGGGUUGAUUUA